AUGGAAUCUCUUAUAAUGAUGUUCUUCUUAUUGAAACGCACUUGGCAAUGGAGCACACUCAAGACCAACUCCAUAGAUCUUUUACUCCUUCAACCUUCGCAUUUCGUUACAUUCGUUUGGAAUAAUAACGAUAUUAAUCCUGAAAGUCUUAAAGGUUUUACACUGCAUUGCACCAACGGGAUUAUCAUACAAUCAUCAACAGCUCAUUUGAAUUCGACCGAGCAGCCAUCUUCCAAUACACGUAUAGCAACUACUGCGAAGAGGAAACCAAGGUCCUUCCAGCCCAUACAUAAUGAUAUCGCCCCCUACAUUCAAGUUAAACGAAAGUGUACGGAAGCCCCAACGGAUGUUGAUUUAAAUUUAUAUGAAGAAGAAGUUCAGUACUCCAGCCAGAUUGACACUCUUUGGAUUGUUGCAAAAAGUCAGUCGAGCAAACUCGGCAUCCAACAGCAAAUUCCCAAUUGGACUGGAUUUAAUUAUUUGGUAUGUGGCGAUGACUGCGACAAUUUCCACAAUAUUGGAUAUUUGCCGGCUAUUAACCAAUCUCCAACAUCGCACGACACUGUUCUAGAACUCCUCUCGCAAUCUAAACUAAAAGCAGAGAAGCUUCGGUUGACGGAAACUGACGUUGUUCUGGACAUGGCUGGCCAUCUACGCCAGCUGUUGAAAUUAUCAUGA